CGCAUUCCUGCCAAGAGGUUGUGGGAGAAGGACGAUGGUCAGAGCUUUGUGUCCAUUUCAUGCCCUCUGGCUUCUGGAGUGGGUGCAGCUACUCUUGGGACCUGGCGCUGCCCCUCCAACCUCAGCCUUGAACCUGGACCCAGUGCAGCUCACCUUCUACACGGGCCCCAAUGGCAGUCAUUUUGGGUUUUCACUGGACUUCUACAAGGACAGCCAUGGGAGCGUGGCCAUCGUGGUGGGCGCCCCGCGGACCCUAGAUCAAAGCCGGAAGGAGACGGGCGGCGUGUUCCUGUGCCCCUGGAGGGCAGAGGGAGGCCAGUGCUCCUCUUUGCCCUUCGAUCUCAAUGAUGAGAUACGAAAGAUAGACUCCCAAACUUUCCAAACCUUCAAGGCCCGGCAAGGCCUAGGGGCGUCGGUCGUCAGCUGGAACGACAACAUUGUGGCCUGCGCCCCCUGGCAGCAUUGGAACGCCCUACAUAAGAACGAGGAGACUGAGAAGACACCCGUAGGUGGCUGCUUCGUGGCUCAACUCCGGAACGGCGGCCGCGCGGAGUACUCGCCCUGCCGGGACAACACCAUGAGCGGGAUUUAUGUGGCAAGUCGCUUCAACAACGACAAGCGCUACUGUGAAGUGGGCUUCAGCUCCGCGGUCACUGAGGCUGGAGAGCUGGUGCUUGGGGCCCCUGGCGGCUAUUUUUUCGUAGGUCUCCUGGUGCGGGCGCCAAUUGCGGAUAUCAUCUCGAGUUACCACCCGAGCACCCUCUUGUGGAACGUGGGCACCCAGAGUGCCACCUUCGACUCCGGCAACCCAGAGUACUUCGACGGCUACCGGGGGUACUCAGUGGCCGUGGGCGAGUUUGACGGGGAUCUCAGCACUACAGAGUAUGUGUUCGGUGCCCCUACCUGGAGCUGGACCCUGGGAGCGGUGGAAAUUUUGAACUCCUACUACCAGACGCUGCAACGGCUGCAUGGAGAGCAGAUGGCUUCGUAUUUCGGGCACUCGGUGGCAGUCACUGACGUCAACGGGGACGGGAGGCACGACCUGCUGGUGGGGGCGCCACUGUACAUGGAGAGCCGCGCGGACCGCAAUCUGGCCGAGGUGGGGCGCGUGUAUCUGUUCCUGCAGCCUCGAGGUCCCUAUGUGCUGGGCGCUCCCAGCCUCCUGCUGACUGGCACUCAGCUCUACGGGCGAUUCGGCUCAGCCAUUACGCCUCUGGGCGACCUCAACCGGGAUGGCUACAACGACAUUGCAGUGGCCGCUCCAUAUGGGGGUUCCAGCGGUCGGGGCCAGGUGCUGGUGUUCCUGGGUCAGAGUGAGGGGCUUAGCUCACGCCCCUCCCAGGUCCUGGACAGCCCCUUCCCCACAGGCUCUGGCUUCGGCUUCUCCCUGCGAGGUGCCACAGACAUCGAUGACAAUGGAUACCCAGACCUACUGGUGGGAGCUUAUGGGGCCAACAAGGUGGCUGUGUACAGAGCCCUGCCCGUGGUGAUGACCACUGUCCAGCUGCUGGUGCAAGAUUCUCUGAAUCCUGCUGUGAAGAAAUGUGUUCUGCCCCAGACGAAGACACCAGUGAGCUGCUUUAAUAUCCAGAUGUGUGUGGGAGCCACUGGGUACAACAUUCCUCAGAAGCUGUUCUUGAAUGCCGAGCUGCAGCUGGACCGGCAGAAACCCCGCCAGGGCCGGCGAGUGCUACUGCUGAGCUCUCAACAGGCAGGCACCACCCUGCACCUGGAUCUGGGUGGGAGGCACAGCCCCAUCUGCCACACCACCACUGCUUUCCUCCGAGAUGAGGCUGACUUCCGGGACAAGCUGAGCCCCAUAGUGCUCAGCCUCAAUGUGUCCCUGCAGCCCGAGAAGGAUGGAAUAGCCCCUGCUCUUGUGCUACAUGGAGAUACCCACGUCCAGGAGCAGACCCGAAUCAUCCUGGACUGUGGGGAAGAUGACCUGUGUGUGCCCCAGCUCCAGCUCACUGCCAACGUGAGAGGUUCUCCACUCCUAAUUGGAGCUGAUAAUGUGCUGGAGCUGCAAAUGGACGCAGCCAAUGAGGGUGAGGGGGCCUAUGAGGCUGAGCUGGUUGUACACCUGCCCCCAGGUGCUCACUACAUGCGGGCCCUCAGCAACAUGGAGGGUUUUGAGAGGCUUGUCUGUAACCAGAAGAAAGAGAAUGAGACCAAGGUAGUGCUGUGUGAGCUGGGCAACCCCAUGAAGAGGAAUGCCCAGAUAGGAAUCACAAUGUUGGUGGGUGUGGAGAACCUGGAGGAGGCUGGGGAGCAUGUGUCCUUCCAGCUGCAGAUCAGGAGCAAGAACAGCCAGAAUCCUCACAGUGAGACUGUGCUUUUGGAUGUGCCAGUCCGGGCAGAGGCCCAUGUGGAGUUGCGAGGGAACUCCUUUCCAGCCUCCCUGGUAGUGGUGGCAGAAGAAGGCAACAGACAGAAUAGCUCCAACAGCCAGGGCCCCAAAGUGGAGCACACCUAUGAGCUCCACAACAAAGGCCCUGGUACUGUAAGUGGCCUCCGCCUCUACCUCUGCCUCCCUGGCCAGUCCCAGCCCUCUGACCUGCUCUACAUCCUGGACAUACAGCCCCAGGGGGGACUUCAGUGCUCCUCACAGCCCUCUCUCAACCCACUGAAGCUGGACUGGGGUCUGCCCACCCCCAGCCCUUCCCCCCAGGCCCAUCACAAGCGGGAGCGCAGACAGGUGUUCCUGCCAGAGCAGAAACAACCCUCGAGGCUUCAGGAUCCAGUUCUUGUGAGCUGCGACUCGGCGCCCAGUACUGUGGUGCACUGUGAGCUGCAGGAGAUGGCACGCGGGCAGCGGGUCAUGGUCACCGUGAGAGCCUUCCUGUGGCUGCCCAGCCUUCACCAGGUAUCCAGAGGCCCCUGGACCAGUUUGUGCUGCAGUCCCACGCUUGGUUCAAUGUCUCUUCCCUCCCCUACGCCGUGCCUGCCCUCCGCCUGCCUAGUGGGGAAGUUCAGGUGGAGACGCAGCUGUUUCGGGUCUUGGAGGAAAGAGACAUUCCCAUGUGGUGGGUGCUGGUGGGUGUGCUUGGUGGCUUGCUGUUGCUCACACUCCUGGUGCUGGCCAUGUGGAAGGUUGGCUUCUUCAAGAGGAAUCGGCCGCCCCUAGAAGCAGAUGAGGAGGGAGAGUGAGAGGGCGGCCCAUGCGCUGUCCUAACUAGAAGGCUGGAUGUAGUGCCUCCUCUGCCCCUCUUCUCCAACGAGUGCCCCCCAGCUCUGGUCACUCACAGGUUGGAGCUCCAUGGAGGCCUUCUGAUGACCUCCCCCUCCUAUCAGAACUGGGCCCCCCCACUUUCCCACUACCUAAUAAAGAGGCCGAGCCCCAGCCCCCAGUGUGCUGCU